AUUGUAACGCUUUUUAAAACAAAGCAAACAAUACGUUGCUUCCGAAGCCACCUCGCCGCCGUAUCAAACCAUAAAAGAAAACCCAACCCCAUUUCUCCGCCGGUGAAAUCGGGGCAGGCGGUGGCGGCGGCGGCGGCGGCGAUGGGGGAGUACGCAACGGUGAAGACCUCGGUGUGGUGGGACAUCGAGAACUGCCAUGUCCCCCGUGGCAGCGACCCCCACCUCAUCGUCCAGAACAUGACCUCCGCCCUCGCCGCCGCCGGCUACACCGGCCCAAUCACCAUCUCCGCCUACGGGGACACCAACUGCGUCCCCCAGCACGUCCAGUACGCCCUCUCCAGCACCGGCAUCGCCCUCAACCACGUCCCCGCCGGCAUCAAAGAUGCAAGUGAUAAGAAGAUCUUAGUUGACAUGCUAUUCUGGGCCAUUGAUAACCCUCCACCAGCAAAUUAUUUGCUAAUAUCGGGUGAUCGGGACUUCUCAAAUGCCCUUCAUAAGCUUAAAAUGAAGCAGUAUAAUAUUCUACUAGCACAACCUCCAAAUGUAUCUCAAGCACUUACUGCUGCAGCUAAAGAUGUUUGGCUAUGGAAAAGCCUUGUGGCUGGGGCACCACCACUAGGAGAGUCACCAUACAUAAGUAGCACAGCAAAUGGCAGUGUUGACGAUUUGGAUGCAUUGAAGAACAUGGUUUCAGAUUCUUCAGACACAACUCCAGAAGUGCAGAAUAGCAUUCAGUUUGAUCAGCAAAAAGCUGGUAAUGAAAAGGGAGAUAAACAAUAUAAAGUGAGGCAACCUCGGAAAUACCAGACGGAUAAUGUAUCUAAGCCAGUAAACAAUGAGGAAAAUUCAGUUGAUGGUGUUGCUGAUAGUUCUAAAGGAAGCACUGCUAGCCAGCCAAAUCAAUCUCAUAUUCCGCCAUCAUCGUCAUUACCAAGUUCUGAAUUGCAUGAUGGGGCAAAGGUGAACCAAUCGAGUACACCAAAAACUCAGCCCUUUUCCCAGUUCAAAAAGCCUGCAAAAUCAGCUCAUUCCCAUCAAAAGAGUGCUCGUGAUGACUUCUACCAUGGUAAAAAGCCUGGUGUGUCAACCGAGUCUGCAGCUAAAAAUGGUGCUCCUGAUUUUGUCACUGCGACUAGCCAUUGUCAUCCCAAAUACCAGAAACCCCAAUCCUCUCAGCCACCAAAACCACAUAGUCCAGUGAAUCAUCGUCCUCACAGUGGAUCUGGCAAUUUUCAAGCAUCAAAUUCACAUAGAAGCAACUCAUGUCCACCACCAGCUGGGCAUAAUGGUAUUCCUACUGCACCAUUGCAAUCCUGGCCAAGUGGCACACCUUAUCAUGGACCAUCAAUUAACUAUCCUGAUAUGAGUCAGCUCAAUAUUUCUGAAUACCCCAGAGGAAUUCAUGAUAAUCAACGUUUGAACGUCAACUACCAUCCAAACCAUCCUGGUCCUUCUCAUAUUGUUCAGCCUGGUUACGGUGAUUAUACUUACAGACAUCCAACUCCGCCUAACAUGUCUAGCAACAUGCAAAACACUGGACAGUGGGGAGCCAACCUGGGAUGUCCUCAGCCAUCUUCUGACUCUCAAGGUCUUGUAAGAUAUAUCCUAGAUGCUUUGGAAGUAUUGAAGACUGAGAAGAUUCCCCCAACAGAACAGAAUAUAGCAGAUUGUAUAUGUUACGGAAAUGCUAAUCUACCAAAUUUUGAUGUUAAGAAGGCUCUUCAACUUGCCAUGCAGCAGCAAGCUGUUGUCAUGAAAAAGUUAGGAAAAAUGCCAUUCUUUCUUGGGAAAAACGAAAAUCUCUGGAAAUGCGUGAAUAUAAUGGACGAUAAUGCAAAAUACCCAAAAGAAACGCUUCACGCUGUUCAUAGAUUCGUAUCUUCUACCCCUGGCUAUUCUGCAAUAAAGGAUUCUCAAUCCAGGUAUCAAGCUGCAACUCUCUUAAAGAAAGCAUGCCUGAAAAAUCUUGCCCUUGCUGAAGUUCUUCAGGUUUUGAAUAUCAUAAUCAACACAAAAAAGUGGUUUGUGCCCCAUUCUUCAGGCUGGCAGCCAUUGUCGUUUAACCUAAUAGUGGUUGAUGCUACUGCAAAUGCUGGUGGAAAAGCUUAGCAUUGGUGCAUUUGUCUGCUCAUAUUGGAUGGCCGCUUUGAGGUUCUGGUGGUGGGUGCAAUGGUGGUUUAUCUACAUUUUGCCAAGUUUUUUUUCAUGAACAUGAAAUAUUCUAGACAUAGAAUAUCAUGGUGCAAGUAAAAUAGUAAGAAGUCUAAGACUUGUUCUGUUGUAGUGGGAGUCAAUCUGUCAAUAUACUAUUGGCUCUGUUCUGAGAACUCGGACGGGUAGCUCAGGUUGCGGCUAUUGUUAUGAGUGACAGUUGCGGCGCCAAGAUGAUUCUGCAAUCGAUAACAUAAAGCGGUGCAGGACUAUUGUCUUUUGUUCAGGCAGUGUAACAACGCCUGAUGUUGGUGGUUAUGAUCUGUUCUCGUUUUACGCAGUUGAUCUAAAAAGUAUGCUCAAAAUUUAAGGAGUUGAUUUCAAGGAAAUCUUCCAUGGUAGCAGCAGAGGUUCUGCUAUUAAGCCGUUCAGUGAAGCUUUGGACUCUCGAUAUUGAAGCGCACAUGGAUGGACUGAACAUGUAUAGUUCAGCGAAUUCCCAGUGGCUUGGAUAAUUGAUGUUAUCUGGUCUUCGAAUUCACAACCUACAUCUGCUAUGGCUUUUGAUGCAUGGCAACAUAGUCUGAAAUGCGUACUAAGUUGCUUUCGUGACAUAAUUAUGCUGUUGGUUUGCAAGGUUACCUACUGUUGGCUGCCUCUGUUGAGGAAGGUUGGAGUUCAGCUAUUGCCUUUCGGCAUUUUAUUUGCUUCCUACCAUAGAUGGUGGGGUGUGUCUUGUAAUGCUACGGUUAACUAUUGUGUUUCUUGUGAAUUAAUUAAUGGUUGCUGAAUGCUUUGGUUGCCC